UAAAUUUAACCCUAUAUAAGCGCAUUAACAGGUCGCUAAACCGCAACUUUGUAGUAUUGUUUAAACCGUUGUUCCAAAACUCCCGAUAUAUCUACAUUGCCUACCGCUAGCAGAAUAGAAGUGUCAAGUUUUGCUCUGUGAAAUAUUGUCAAUUGUGUAAAAUAAUAAGAGCAGUAGUAAGAAUUUGUUGUGCAAUUUGACAAAAGGUGUGUGCAAUUAUUUAUUACUCAAAACCAUAAAACGAGUGACGGACGAAUCGGGUUUUGUGGGAAUAUGAGCGGCAUUCUUUGUUGAUAGCAUUGAGUCAGAGACGCGGAUUUAAUCCAGGAUGAGCUACCUUAACCCGGAACGUUACGAAGCAAAAAAUAUUCGAGAUCACCGAGCGAACCCUCAUCGGGCCGAGUAUGAUCCCCGAUAUAACCCCAAUCCGGCCCCUCCCACCUAUCAAAAAUUCCCGCAGCCCAUUUAUUACGACCGUAAUGAAAAUAACUACCGGGAACCCUACGUGGCCCCGAAGUUCGACUUUCGAACAGAUCCUCGUUUUCACCGCGAGUACCCUCAGCAACAGCAGCAAGCCCCGCUCCCUCGCCAGUCCGACCAGUACCGGUCUUACGACGACCAUGACCGGCCGGCCGGCGACCAUCAGGACUUCUUUCAGCAGACCCAUCGGGACGAAGACACGGGCGCGACGCGAAAAGGCUAUGACGAGGUGCCGCGGGCGGGCAGGGCCAAUAAGUACACGACCCGGAUCACCGACCUACUAACCUCUAUCACAGACCCUCCCCACAAAGAUGACCACUUCCAUCGGACUAUGGAGGCCAACAAGGGCUACUUGGUAAUGAUGCGCUUCCUACCUCAGGAUCUUUCCGAGGUGAUCAAUGCCGUCCAGGAGAGUGUCAGCUCCAUCGCUGCGCAUGACGGAUAUGCAAUCGGCUUCUCGGAGCCCGGCAUGGUGAAAAUCUUGCUACCGAGUCAUCAGAUGAUGGCCAAGGAUCAGUGGUACGACCCGCGCCCCGGGCACUCCGCGCGCUUCGCCGUCGCCUGCUUCUGGUUCAAGGACGCUAUGGCGGCCCGGGUCUGCUUCGAGAGCACGCGGCGCUUCAAGCAGCCGGACUUCCCGAACUCCAGUCCGCCGCAGAUCAUUGCUGUACCUCUGACGUACGGACGAAACAAGGACGCCGCACCGUUCAGUCCAGAAAGUGACCACUUGACACUGUUCUGGACUGAGUAUCCGGCCAUCUACGAGCGCUACAAACACGACUUCCUUUCCAACUACUCCGAACCCACCCGCUCGCUAAUCAAGCAGUAUGGAGGAAACCCAAACAUCGUCGUCUGCCGGUACAAGCCGGGUUGGGACCCGGAUCUGAACAAGUUUGGCACACCCGGAUACGCCAGGUUCGAGGUUCAUCACCAGCGGGUGGGACGUUCCAUCAAGAACGGUUGGCUACUUCCGGACAACUUCGUCACCGUCAGUACCUUCCCCAGUGAGAGGGCGCUUAUUGACUUCUACAGAGACGAGCGUUACCGCACGUUGCUGAACACCCUGCCCCAGUAUGCCGAUCCGGUCAUGGUCGCCAUUACGCUUCACCGCGUGCGAGGUACCAGUCGCGUGUAAGGUGCGGGUUCCGGAAAAGUGUAAAGGCGGUCCGGAAAUACAGUGCAUCAUGCGGAACAUAUUUGGGCUUAUAUUUUAUGGAAGUAACCGUGUAACAUUAACGUUUCAAAAUAUUCGUGUGUAACUCUUAAAAUAAUAAGAUUUGGAUGAAAGUCUACACAAGUGACCAUAGGAGCAUAUGUGUGAAUAUUGCAUUCAUAUCCCAGGGUGCAGAAUCAACGGGGUUUUCAGGGGCUCACACACGGACUGGACAGAAUGUAAACACACCGUAAAUAACUUUAUUUUUGCAAAUAUCUCAAGUUAUUGAAAUACAUUUGCAAAAAUCUUAAUUGCAUAAGACAGUUUUUCUUUCAGUUUGUGUGGAUAUUUUAAGGUAUAAGAAAAUAUCCUUGAAUACGUCUGAAAUCGUUGACAAAAUUUUACCUUGCCUUAUUGAGUGAUGCAUAGCCGUAUACGUGAACGAAGUAACAACAUAAUGUUUUAACAAGAACGCAUGCUUAUGACAUAAAGCAAUUCUGGUGUAUUUCACGUUGCCAUAAGCAGCAUAAAAAUCUGUCUUUAUAAAUGCACUUGUUGAAAUUCUUAAGAAAAAUUGUUUUAAAAAUGUAUUCAGGGGCGGCUACAGGAUUUCUGUUUUGGGGGGGGGUAUUGAAAGAUUUGCUGGGGGUCCAGGGGGCGAAGCCCCCGUAAACUCCACGAUUUUAGUGAUUUUGAAGGCUUUGAAAAGAUUAAAAAAUAGGUGAUAGUUAAGUGUGAAACAUCCAAUUAAUUGACUUUACUUUGGCGAUUUUAGGGGGCGUACGCCGCGUCCGCCCCCCCACCACUUCACCCGCCUAUGGUAUUGGGGAAAAAAAGCACCACUUACCGGUCUGUUUAAUCCAUUAACGUUUAAUUGGGAAAUCUCACAGGCACGUGAUCCUGCACCCUGAUCUAGUAUGUGUAUCAUGCGGCAUUAGGAUUGUUUACAGGUAUAAAUGUUAAACAGAUUGGAUUUUUCAAAGACGAUUUCAUUUAUUUGUUUAACUUCUCGGCACAAUAUAUCAACAUAUAUGCGU